AUGCCUACACCACUUCCCUCGAGCUUCGCGUCAGCCGCUGCUGGCAACACCCAGGACCCCAGUAGGAGAGGGGAUGGAGGUGCCGGUGGAGAAUGGUCCCGAACUCGCAUGAACGGAGCCACUCAGACCUUCCGGCGCCCCUCUGUCGCUACCAACCCGACUCACACCCGGGAGGGUAGCCAGCCUGCAUCUGCCUCGACGCCUACCUCCGGAGCCUACAUGCCUCCCCACAUGAGCUCAAAUACCAUGUCUAGCGCGCUGCGGAACGGGGAAGCCCGAUACUCCAAGGAGCAACUCCUGGACAUGUACAGGGCACAGCGGGAGUCUGGAUCCUUGGGCAAGAAUGUGGAGGAUUACUUCGUGGCCGACUGGGACCCUCACAUGGUGACAACCCCCGCGAAUGGGGCGUGGGGGAAACGGGACGACCAUAAGACCUCCGCGGGGCCCGAAGUGUGCUGGGAUCACGGUGGACAGGCAGAGCCGCUGGCGUUGACCGAUAUGUCUGAUGGAGAGAAAGAGUUGUUCUCCGCUUCGGUCAAUUCGCCUCUGAAGCCGCCGCCAGCCAACGCAUCGAAGGAAAAUACCGCUCCAGUGACUGGUGGUCGUAAAGGAUCGAUUUCAUACACUCAGGGCCACAUUAAUAACUACAGUACAUCUUCUCCGAACGCCGCCCGCCCGGGUGCCCGACGCCGAGAAACGGGCGACUCCAUCGGCAAUCCCAUGUCUCCUACCGGUUCGAAUCCCCGCUUUUUCCGUGACGAAGUAAACACCUCUACUCCUCCUCCAGCCCUGUUGCGUCGCAAGACCGACUUCCGAGAAUCCAAACCGGACGAAAAACCGAAGGAAAGCGGCCCAGAUCCUGCUUCUCCAUUCGGCUCCUUGAAACGCAGCUCUACCAACCCUUUGAAUACGGCCGUAGGCGGACCCAGCUCUCCCUGGGGAUCUGCUUCUGCUUCCCAAAACGCUAACUUCUCUCCCAUGGGCGCAUUUGGGGCUUUCUCUCUCGGAUCAAAUGCCGCCGCGCAGACACCCCCGACUGAGAAGAAGCCGGGAUUCGGAAGCCUCCGAGGCGAGAGCAGGUUCAAGGGGUUGCUUUCCAAGGACAGCUCGGAGGACAUCGCGGGAUCUGCAAGGGAGAAGGCUUUGGGCAACCUCGAGCGUCUUGCUGAAGACGAUGACCACUCGCGCUCACAGUCUCCAUGGGGAGACGCGGUCAAGAUACGGGCUGGCCGAAGCGAAACCAAUCCCUUCGAUGAGCCUCGCAGUGGCAGUGCUGCCCUCGGCGGGUCUCAAGAUGUUGAGGCCCCGUCUCAGGCCGAUCUUGGUUUUGGUGCAUUCGGCAUGACCUCGAGCAUUCCCGGGUUCCGGGAGCUGAUGCAGAGCCAUGAGAACUCGCGGAACCCCACCCCCAGCCUUCUCCAGGGACAUGAGCCGACUAGCCCGACCAAUACGAACCCCUACCAAAGUCCCCACGGUGAUAAAACUGCGGUAGACCCGGAGGAUGUGGAUACCGAUGGGUCGGAUAUUCAGCAACCCCAGCACCCUGGGUUGAGCGGACUGCGCGACCCUUCUAAUCCCUUUGGUUCCAUGAAACGUGUUGGUUCUGGCAUGGAUCUGCCCACGAUCGAUCGCAGCCAAAAUUCGAGUGCCAACGCCAACAGAAACUUUUCCGGUCUUGGGGGUCUGAGUGGUCUCUCUGGUCUGGGUGGACCCUCCGCAUGGUCUUCUGGUGGUGCUAUUGGUACCCCGACUCGCGAGCGUUCGGCUUUUGGAGGGUUCGGUGAUCCUAUCUUUGGUUCGAUGGGUGGUGAGCUUCAAUCACCAAGCCUGUCUGCGCUCGCAGGUGGUGGCUUCUUUAGCCCGCAUGCCGGAAUUUCUGGCACCGCUAGUAUUGGUCGGUCUAGCAAACUGGGCGCGCUCUUCUCGGGAAUGCAAGAUGAUCACAGCCGCCCCGAGUCCGUGGGUAUGGAUGAUGCUCUGAGACAAGAUGCAUCCCAGGCAGUAUUGGAUGGGUCGGCAAGUAAGCCUGGAUCAAACUCGGCCUCUCAAACUCCUGUUUCAGCAGUCGGUUCCCUCCCUGCGAACUUGACCCACGACAUUGCCCAGGCUCAAACUCCAGGUGGAACUGUUCCUUCUGCCCAGCAGCGGACCAUGGUCAUGCCUGAUCGGAUGCGCUGGAUUUACCGUGAUCCGCAAGGCAAUAUUCAAGGGCCUUGGACCGGGCUUGAGAUGCACGAUUGGUUUAAGGCUGGAUUCUUCAGCCCUGAUUUGCAGAUCAAGAAACUCGAGGACAUCGAGUUCGAGCCCCUAGCGCAGUUGGUUCGACGAAUCGGAAACUCGCGUGAGCCAUUCCUUGUCCCUCAGAUUGGUAUCCCUCACGGACCAGAACCCAACGGCCCUCAAUGGACUGGUGCCGUACCUGCCGGCUCUGCCCAGCCUCCUUUCCCUGGCAGCUUCCCCAGCUUCGGCACGACUUUGACAGCCGAACAGCAGAAUGCACUGGAGCGACGCAAGCAGGAGGAACAAUAUCUGAUGGCCCGUCAGAAGGAGCAUCUCGCUCAGCAACAAGCUAUCAUGAAGCAGAUGCACGUCCCCGGUGCUCCGGCAUCUGCACAGCCCCCCCUUCAGCACCAAUCGAGUGCCCAUAGCCUCCACAGCCAGCCCAGCUUUGGCAGCAUCACCUCCCCUGGCGUAUACCAGCCAUCUCCUAUCCAGGCACCGAAUCAGGGACAACAGCAGCCCCAGCAAGCCCCAGGAUUCUUUGAUGCCGCUGGACCGAUCAGACAGGGUGGGCUGUCGAAUCUCACUCCUGGGAUGCUAGGAACCGAUAUCGGCAACCAGGAUCAGCUUGCUGCCCUCGUUGAUCGUCUGAAUGUUGGCCGGCAGGAUCCUUUUGCCUUCGGUGGGGCUUCAUUAUCUAGCCGCCAGUCCGACAGCUUGUUCCAUUCCCAGCAAGUCGCAUCGAUGCUCCAGGACCGUGCUCAGCUCCAGGAGGAACAGGAUCAAUUUGACAAGGCUAACCCCGACGACCUAUUUGCUCAACAGGCUCGUGAGGAACGUUUGCGUCAGUUCAACGCCCUGCGGGCCCAGGAAGGCGAUAUGGUGCGGACCGCAGAAGGUCUUCCAACCCAUCCCGCUACUGUUUCCCAGCAGCUUGAAGCUGAAGCUGCCGCUACGAGCUCGGAAGUGGCAGUGGAGAUGCUCGCCUCGGAUCUCGAAACCUCGGAGCCUACUCUCACCCUGUCUCAGCAAGUCCAGAAGGCUGCCUCUGCCCAGCGUCAACAGCAGCAGGAGCAAGAACAAGCCCCCGAGUCAGUAUGGGGCAAGGUGGACCGCGCCAUGCCCCAAGCUUUCCCUCCCCCGCCGUCUGCAUCGCCUUUGCCGGCACCUGCCGCUCAGCGCAACCGUCAGAAUGUGGCCGAUGCUCUCGCUGCUGGUUCUCGGUCCCAGACUCAAACUCCCGUUGAUGCUCCUGCCACCUCCGUUGCUCCGUGGGCCAAGGAUACCCACGAGCUGCCCAAGGGGCCCUCUCUGAAGGAAAUCCAGGAGGCGGAAGCUCGUACUGCUGCUCAGCGUGAGGAAGUCGCCGCAGCCGCUCGUCGUGCCCAGCUUCUCGCCGAACAAGAACGUCUCAGUCAGGCCCAGGCCCAUGUUGUUCCUGGUCUCCCCUCGUCGGCCAACUGGGCCAGCGCUGGAUCACCUGGAAUCCCUACCUCGACUACUGGCUCCGCGUGGAGCACCAAGACCCAGCCUACACCUACCAACACUGCCACCAAAAAGACCCUCGCUCAGAUCCAGAAGGAAGAAGAGGCUCGUAAGCAGCGUUUGGCCGCCGCCGCUGUGGCGGCGGCACAGACCGCGACCCCUAGUCCUCCCGCCUCUGCUAGCAAGCGCUACGCCGAUCUUGCCAGCAAGGCUCCUGCUCCUUCUGCCGCCACUGGUCCAACUGUUUCCGGUGCCUGGACUACAGUCGGUGCUGGCGGCAAGGCUAAGGCCCCACCCGCUGCGCCUCUUGGCCCUCGCUCUACCAGCGGAACCAUCCCGGUUGCACCCGCCGUUGCCUCCAAGCCUCGUCCAGUCGUUGCUACCCGCACCGUGACCGCGGGCAGCAUCCCCCAGUCCAAUCCGAAUCGGGCCGUUGAGGAGUUCUCCAAGUGGGCCAAAUUCACCCUUGGCAAGGGGCUGAACAGCAAUAUCAAUGUUGACGACUUUGUCCAGCAACUGCUGUUCCUGCCUGCCGAGGCUGAGAUCAUUUCCGACUCCGUGUACGCCAACUCGCAGACCAUGGAUGGCCGCCGCUUUGCCGAAGAAUUCAUUCGCCGCCGCAAGCUUGCCGACAAGGGCGUCGUCGAGCCUGUCUCGCCCAGUGCUAUGGGCGAACUGAAGAACGGCGGUGGCUGGAGCGAGGUUGCCAAAAAGGGAUCGACCGCCAGCGCUGCAUCCCAGGUCUCUCGUGAGGAGGAAGCUGCCACCGCCGCGUUCAAGGUUGUCGCUCCCCGCAAGAAGGGCAAGCGGUAA